GCUAAAGGCCUCAUUAGACCCGAUCCACGGUACGUUAACGACUUACGGCCAGAAUAAAGUUCUUCCCUGGCACCUUUCGCCGGUUUUGACCCCCUGAAGGGGGGUUUUAACGGGGUCCUUGCGGCUCGGUUCAGACGAUGACACCGAACGAGGGAGGAGACUCGCUGCUGUGAAAGGUGUAAACGAAAUCUGCCAUGUCUGGUCCCACCUGGCUUCCACCAAGGACUCUGGACAGCCCAGAGCGAGCAGUUCCCCAGAUGUCCCAUUCUGCCGGCUCAGCAAUUUACAGAGCUCCUAACAAAAAGGGAGCCUCUGAAUUUCGUCCAAAAUACAGUCCCUUUGACCAGAACGGGGGAGCAGGAGGGAUGACCAAUAGGUACAUGGCUACAGGAGCCACAGCAGGUGGACCCAUUCAUCACUCAUCUAGCGAUCAUUAUUACUCCCCUCCCCAUGGUCCCAAUGAAGACCGCACCUGGAGCCCUCACAUGGACAGCUACGAGCUAAUGCAUCGUGGUCCUGAACAGCCAGCUGGCUAUCACUCCAAGAUUGACGCUGAUAUCGACUCUCUCACCAGUAUGCUUGCUGAUCUGGACAGCCACCCACAAGACUCCAGCACACAACUGUACGACAAUGUGCCUUACAACAAAUACCUCUCAGGGGAUCACUACAAGCCUGUACACCAGAGUGCAGGCCCUCCUCAGGGUCGGCCAUCGAUGGGCUACUCCGCCCACCCCCAGAGUCAAUACCACCCAGCGCCGCCCUACCCCAGUGAUCACCAGGCUCCUCAGUACUCCCAUCAGCAAGACUAUUACUCCUCCUCCCCAACCCCUAAACCGUACCCUCAGCCCGUGCCCGCCUCUUACACCACUGCCUCAACGCCUACGGGGCCCAGGUUCAGUGUCCAGGUCAAGACGGCACAGCCAGUCACCUACUCUCAAACAGGGAGGCAGGCUGAGCAGGCCUACACGCCUCCCCCUCCUCGGCAGCAUGUGUCCCGUCCCCCACCUCAGACUCAGACAGGUCCACAGGUGUGGUACCCUCCACAUCCCAGUUCACAGGCUCAGGAGAUGCACUCUGGGGCCGGGUACAAAGGGAGUCCCUCAGGGUCCGGGGGAAGGGUCAGCCAGGUUCCAGUGUCUCGGAGAGGAAUGGAAAAUAAUCAAGCGGGACUAGGAUCUGCACAGAGCCCUGUCUAUCAGCCCAGCAAGCAGGGGGCGGCAUCAACGAGGCCUGAGGAGGAGCUGGAUCGACUCACUAAGAAGUUGGUAUAUGACAUGAACCAUCCUCCAACAGAAGACUACUUUGGCCGCUGUGCCCGCUGUGGGGACAACGUGGUUGGUGACGGGAGUGGCUGUAUCGCCAUGGAGCAGGUGUUUCACGUGGAGUGUUUCACAUGCAUCACCUGUCACGCCCGCCUCCGAGGGCAACCGUUCUACGCGCUGGACAAGAAGAGUUACUGUGAGAGCUGUUACAUUAGUACACUAGAGCGCUGUUCAAAGUGUUGCAAACCCAUCCUGGACCGUAUCCUGCGGGCGAUGGGAAAGGCGUACCACCCCCGCUGUUUCACAUGCGUGGUCUGUAACUGCUGCUUGGACGGGGUGCCCUUCACUGUGGACGCCACCUCUCAGAUACACUGCAUAGACGACUUCCACAGGAAGUAUGCGCCUCGCUGCUCCGUGUGCGGUGAGCCCAUCAUGCCAGAACCAGGCCAGGAGGAGACGGUGAGGAUAGUAGCUCUGGACCGCAGCUUCCAUGUUCAUUGUUACGUCUGUGAGGAAUGUGGACUGCUGCUGUCGUCUGAAGGGGAGGGUCGAGGCUGCUACCCACUGGACGGACAUAUCUUGUGCAAGAGCUGCAGCGCACGCAGAAUACAGGACCUCUCAGCAAAAAUCUCCACCGACUGCUAACAAACGUCCUUCUCGUCCCCUCGGCCUCAGCCAGCUCGCUCGCUCUGUUGGCGUUCGUGAUAUUAAAAUGACAGAUGGCUCUAUAGUUCCCUCUGUUGGUCUGAGGUACACAUUUGAAUUUUUCCUGCUUUACUGUUUCUGAUCAAAAUGAAAGGCGUGUAAUGGGGGUUCUAACUUGCGGGGUUUCUUUUAUUCAAUUCAAUUGUUGUUAUUUCUGUGUUUUGCACUCAAAUGUCUGGUGUUCACAUCGUUUAGGUUAAUAUGACUGACAGUGGCCUGACCUGCAGGCAGCUUAGGAUCCACGUAUUCACAAUGGUACUGCUCAAGAGUUCACCAGCACAUUCACACUCAGACUAUCACUGUCAAGGACAAUGGAAAAUCUAAAUGGACUUUACAAAAACGUGUCGUAUCAUGGGACCUAAACCGUUGUUAAACGCCAGACGUCAGAACUGCCUCAACACAAGCACAUGAAAGCACACGAAGCAACAGCAGCUGUGACUGUACAGGCCAGACAGCAUGUAGCCUGUAGUGCAGUGAAUCUUUGCAGCGCAGUAGCCUCACAGAAUGAGAAAUAUAGACGUAAGGAUUGUGUAGUUCACUUUACAGCCCAUGUUUUUUUUUGUCUUUUUUCGCUUUUCCGAAACACUUACAUCAGUGUUAGUUAAUAACAGGAUUUUUGCCAUUUUUAAUCAUCCAGAGUGUUGUUUUUGGUUUUUUAAUGUCUACAAAAUGGUCUUAUUUUGAUUUUCUUUGUUGUUUGGUUGAUACUUGAUUGUUACAUUGAAGCUGAUGGUGCAAUGAAGUCAAACAGUUUCUCCUGUCUAAAGGAAAACAGGGUGUUGGUCACUUGAAAACAUCCUGCUGUGUAAAGGAUCCUCGUCUCAAGAGCCUGAAUGCUCUGUUUUAAGGGUCAGUGGUCACAUGUUGAUCACUGCAUUAGAAAUGUUUAAUUCACACCCAUAUUGGAUCCCAGCUUUUCAUGUGAUGUUUUUUUUCUCUUUAUUUUAACAUGUUGCACUCAUGGGCCAAGAGACAUUGGCGCUACAGUAUUCACGCUAGUUGUUUAACCUCCAUCUUAUCAUCCUGACUUUGUACAUGUGUAACAUUUGGAAGCCUUACCUCUAAUGUCAUUCAGUAUCAUUAUAAAUCCGUUUUGUGCUUGUUUUGUUUGUAAAUUCUGCUUUUGUUGUGACAGAUCUAGAUCAUGCAACGAGAUCAUAAAAUCUCAAUACAUUUAUUGUAUUAGUGUCAAUCAGCCUUUUACCAUCAAGGUCGGCCAACCUUAAUGUUCAGAGGCGUCAUUUCUAAUAUCCUGUAUAAUGCCACAUUUGUUUUCAUCCUCUUUUCUUACCAUGUACUCAGUUUGAAAUGCUGUGAAGUGGAGUUUGUAGAUAUGAGUCUGGUACUGCAGCAGCACUAAGAGGAGGGAUGGCAGUAGACGUGGCAGGUAGUUAUUUAUAGUAGGAGAAUGUACUGUACAAAGCCAUGAGUGCAUUUUCUCUUGCUGCAGCUUGUAGUAACAAUUGUUUAUUAAAAUGACAAUAAGCUCC